AUGGCAAGCAGCAACCAACCUCUAGACAAUACACCCAAGAACCCUAGGUCUUCUUACAAAGAUUCACGGGUUCUUCAAGCCUCCUUCAAACCAAAUGCCCCUUCUCCUCUUUCACCUUCUUCUUCUUCUUCUUCCAUCCCAACUUCCCAAAUUCACCGUUUAAAACCUGCAUCUCCAACAUCCCCAGCACACUCUCGUUCAACAUCAUUCUCAACUACAAAACCUUCCCAAAGACCCUCUCUCAUCUCUGCAAAAAGUUACGAAGCAAGACCACACUCUCAUAACCAACAACGCGUCUCCUUUGACCUAUACCCAUCAAUUGCUGACUCUCAACAACCAUCCUCUCCAAACUCUGCAUCCCCACGUAGUUCAGGCUCUUCCAGAUACCACCAUACCCCCUCUUCCCCCCUUGGUCCUUCCUCAUCAGCUCUUACCUCUCCAGUUGCAAUAGGCUCUCCACCACUACCACCUCUUCUAUCUCGCUCAAAAUCUUUCCUCGCAAAGUCCCUCGGAGAUAACGAAGAUUCUUCCUUUCUACUUCGCUCAAGAGAAUCUAAAACUCAUCUCAACCGCUCCCUUUCUUCUAGCAGUUUAACAUCUCUUAACUCAAAACGCCGUAGUGCAGGUACUAAUAAUAAUAACAACAAUAACAAUAACAUUGGAAACAUUAAUCACAAUGGUAAUAAUAGCAAUAGUAACAGCAAUAUUAAUGGCUUAAACGGACCAAAUAACAGUGGCGGAAGUAGCAGCAGCAAUAAUUCCCCCAGCAUAAAUAACUCUUCCGGUAGCGAGGCAAGCAACCGCUAUUAUGCACAAGAAAAGGGAUACCUCCAAUACAUUCAAAAAGAUUCCUAUGAUUCCUACUCUUUUAGACGUAUUGGCCUACUGGACUCGGACUCAGAUUCGGAUGAUGACUCGGAUCUUUCUGAAGUUACCGGUCUUUCCGGUAUGGGCACUACUUUUGGAGACGAUUAUGCUGACACACUGUCGUCCUAUUCCUUUCUAGAAUCCAAUCAAAUGACUCCAGGCUAUGACGAAAAUCUCCAUGAACGCCUCGAAUGGCAAGCAAUGCUGGCCUCUGUCUUGACAGGCGAUGUCGUCACCUCUGAAAAAAACAGACUUAAAACUGGCGGCGCCAUCAUGAAGGAAGACGAUGUUUGGAUUGGCAUCCGCGCACGCAUGUGUGGCCGCACUCUUGAGGCUCAAAAAAAAAUCAUUGAAGAGUCUCGUUCAACUGUAGACAAUACCCUCAAGGAAAUUAUGAAAUUCACUGCAACCGACUCAACAAACUUUGACCUUUGUCGCGAAGAAGUUCAUGAAGUUUUGGACCGUAUCGAACAAUGUGAAAUGCUCUGGACUUCCACCCAGGCUUUCAAGGCAAAUAGUGCAAUCUACCGCGAUGAUACGUUCCAGCGAAUGCUUGAUGCCCUCAACACCUGGAUCAAUAUUACUGAACGUGUCACUGAAGAAGUUAAUCUUCUUCGUCGCUGGGCCGGUAAUUACGAAAUGGACCCCCAUAAACCCUUUUCGGAUAUUAUGAUUGAUAUGUCUACCCUCACAGAACACAUUUUGAAAAACGAGGACCCCCAAGAAAUCUUCCGCACUCAACUCGACAAACACAUUGAGCCCAUCAUAAUCUCCGCCCGCGAAGGCCUCGCCGAAUAUGGGGCAGAAAUGCGGGUAUUGGGUCUCCCCAUCCAACGUGCUGGGCUUCAAGUGCUCAUAUCUUUCCCAGUUAACUUGAUUCACGAAAUCAUCCGCUCCUCUCUUGCCUUUUCAAAGGGCAUGUCUAACCCAACAAUGAUGCUCAUUGAUAAAAACAUUGAAGAUAUUACCCUCUACCUCAAUAUUGCCUACAUGAUUAAAGAACGCACAAAUUCUUACAUACAACCCCUAAAUGAAGUCGACUGGGUCGACUGCACCCCAGAUGCUGCCUUUGACAAGUCUAUUUUGGAGUGUAUUGAAUAUUUUUUUGUCUUGUCCCAAACAAAGCUCUCAGAUACACCAAUUCACCAUUACGGUCGUGGGUUCAAAGAUAUUGAAUCUCUCGAAACUCAGUACGCCUUUUUAGAUCGUAUUGCACGCCCCAUUAAGGACGGCCGCAUUACCGUAGCCAUGAGCUCUAGUCUGCUGGCUUCCAAAAUGGUCAACAAUAUGCUUCGCUAUUGGGAUCGCCAAACUGCUGGCCCCGUCAUGCUCAACGAGGCUGAACUUCAACGCUGGCAAUCUACAACUUCGGAACAAGUACGCAAAGCUCAGCGUAAACUUUUACGUUUUUAUCAAAUUCUUUCGACAAACUAUAAAAAUGCCGUUGAAAUGUCGUUCCAAAAUACUAGACUUAAAGCACUUCUCGAUAUGCUUCAAGAUACAAAUCACUUUUUGGUGGUCCCUACGGACUUUUACCAAGAUGCAUUCAUCAUUGCCAGUCCUGGCUUGAUUGACCGACCAAGCACUAUAGAAGGUCUACUCAAAGGUUACUAUUACGACCAAGAUGUCGAAGGUGAUUUGUCCUACCGUCCCGAAUACAUUAUUCUUUUCCGACUGGAAGAGCCCCUUACUUGGGAAGGCCCACUGGUCGAAAUGAGCUUUGAAGCACCUGAUGCAGUAAACUCCAUGGAUUUGCAAGCAGGCCGCUUACGUCUUGUUUCCGAGGGCGGUCUUCACGACCUUAAUACUGUUCGUGAAAUUCUUGCUGGUCAAAACAUUUCUCUCGACAACUUUGAAGUGACGGCAGAUUCCAUCUCCCAUCAAUCUAAAGUCAACCAUGAGCUCAAUCGCAUGCGCAAACUGCUUUACCGUACAUCCAUUUCCGUCAUUUCCAAUACUUGCAAAUUCCGCAAAAAGUUCAAGGGUUACCAAGAAAUUGUGCAUAAUAUGUUUGUGUUUGCUCGUGAAUUUGGCCAACGCGGCAUGAACAUUAUGAUUCCUGCUUGGCGCAGUCAAAUAGCCUCGGAACUGAUAAACUUGUGUAUCGAAUGGCUAUCCUUUAUUUGCGACGACUGUGUGCCAACAGAUCUCAAAACUUACCGAUGGACAGUCGUUGCCAUUGAGUUUACUAUGAUUUUGACUCGCGGUGUCAACAUCAUUGCCCUCUCCAACGAUCAGUUUACUCAGCUGCGACUCAAGGUUGCUGGCUGCAUGACUCUUUUGAUUUUACACUUUGACAUUAUGGGUGCUCGGUCUACUGCUGCACGACAACGUAACUCUAGAGAGUUGACCAAGCGCGAUAAUGCUGCCAAAUUCGACUUGGAUCUUGUUGAGGAGUUCCAUAGAGACACAUACAAGCGCAUUACUGAGAUGGAAGGUUCAUGGUCGCAACAAAACAUGGGCAAGGUGCUUGACGAGAGUGAUUCGAAUUUAGAACUGGUGACAUAUCUUGUAUCUAAUUUCUCACGCAUGUCGAUUCGCUGGAAACAGGGUCGAUUUAUUGGCGCUGGAUCGUUUGGUUCUGUGUACACAGCGGUUAACCUUGAUACAGGAGGUGUCAUGGCCGUUAAAGAGAUUAGAAUGCAGGACCCUAGUUCAAUGCGACAGGCGCUAAAGCAGAUCCGUGACGAAAUGACAGUUUUGGAAAUGCUACGACACCCUAACAUUGUACAGUACUACGGAGUCGAGGUGCACCGGGACAGAGUGUUUUUGUUUAUGGAGUAUUGCCAGGGCGGGUCCCUUGCGCGACUGCUUGAAUGCGGCCGGAUCGAAGACGAAACCGUGAUACAAGUGUACACCAUGCAGAUGCUGGAGGGUCUUGCGUACCUCCAUCAAAUGGGCAUUGUUCACCGUGACGUCAAACCAGAAAAUGUGCUCUUGGAUCACAUGGGUAUCAUCAAGUUUGUGGACUUUGGUGCAGCAAAGGUCAUUGCACGCAGAGGUCAGUCGCGAUUAGCAACAAGUAGUGGUGAAGAAGCAGCAGCAGCAGCCGCUGCUGCCGCUGCUGCCGCUGCUGCUGCAUCUUCAGCUUCAGGUGAAAAUGGAGAGUCUUCUGAGGCCGCUUCUGCUGGCCCUCCACCUGCGACUGCCAAUCGCAUUAACAGUAUGAUUGGAACUCCCAUGUACAUGGCACCCGAGGUAAUUACCGGCAAGUGCGAGCGAGGGUUGCAAACAGCUAUUGACAUUUGGUCACUAGGGUGCUGCGUGCUGGAAAUGGCAACAGGACGACGACCAUGGGCCAAUCUUGAUAAUGAAUGGGCAAUCAUGUAUCAUAUUGCGGCGGGACAGUUGCCUCAAUUACCAGUUUCGGAGCAGCUUUCGGAAUAUGGGAUCAAGUUUGUGGAGCGCACGCUUGAGCGUGAGCCCCGUAAACGUCCAACGGCUCUCAUGUUACUCCAGGACCCGUGGAUCUCCAUGAUCCGCGUAUCUCAAGGAAUCACCACACCUGGUGAAUAA